UCUUUUAGUACUGCAAGUGUAAACCUUGCAUUGCCUUAAACCUCAUAAACCCCGCAAAGGCCAAAGCCCGAGUUUGCCCGGUUCUGACUCUCACUCUCCCACUCCCAAACACACAUUCUCGUCUGGUUUCCAUGGCGGCCCUUAGGCUCCUCGCGGAAGCUCGCCGCCAUUACCUAGCUUCCCCUUCCCACAAUCUACCUCUUCCACCAGCUCUCCGAUUUCACAGAUUUCUUUGCUCCUCCUCCCAACCAUUAUCCGAAUCUGAUCCAAACCCUUCCCCACCCGAACCCCCAAUACGAUCCACGGAGUCUGUACCAAUACAGCCUGUUUCGUACGCCAUCAAACCCAAAGACCAGUCUCCGGCCGAAGAAGAGCUUCCUCAGUCAACAACUCCGCCGCAACAACCCCGUGGGACUCGCCAGACGCCGAACGAGGAAAUCCGCUCCAACUGGACCCGCGAGGAUGCACGGUUCAUGAGGGAUGUGCCAUCCAUUACGCCGGUCUCGUAUCCUUCACGCACAGCGCCGUUGCCGGAAGACAAGGUUUCGGCCGAAAAUCCGGCGACUGAGAGCGAUGAAUUGCAGAGGGAGAAACAACAAAUCGAAAUGGAGAAUCGAAUGAGGAGGAGAGUGUUUAAAGUUCUGGAGGAGGACAAGGUAGUGGCUCCUUUCCCAAUGUUAAUUGAUGUGGAGAAGAAGGAGAGAAAACCUAUUCUUGAUUUAAUGGAGGCAAUUCGGCAAGUCAAGGCUAGUGCCAAAUGCAAUUUUGAUGAAACUGUUGAAGCACAUGUGAAAUUGGGUAUUGAUGCAAAGCGAGCGGGACGAGGAGUUCGCGGUAACAUGACUCUGCCUCAUGGUAGUGGGAAGGUUGUAAGGGUUGCCUAUUUUGCUGAAGGGGAACUUGCAGAUGAAGCUAGAGCAGCAGGAGCUGAUAUUGUUGGUGGUGCCGAACUCGUAGACGAAGUUGCUAGCAGUAACAAGCUUAAUGUUGACAAGUGUUUUGCAACAAAUGAAAUGAUUCUUCGAAUGGGAAAGAUUUCAAGGAUUCUUAGAGAGCGCGGUCUUUGGCCUGAUCGUAAACUAGGCACUGUGACAAAUGAUGUUUCAGAGGCACUCAACAAAGUAACAAGUCAUACGGACUUUAAAAUGGACAAGACAUCCAUUGUCCACGUUGGAGUUGGGAAGGUAAGCUAUUCAGAGGAUUUUCUACGUGAGAAUAUUGGUGCAUUUGUAAACGCUCUUCUGCUUGCCAAACCUCAAGGCUUGAAAAAGGCAUCCAAAUACGCAGGGUAUAUCACAUCCUUCCAUAUAUGCAGCACGAUGGGCCCAGGAUUCCCUGUCUCUAUACAAUCAAUAUCCAAGGCCGCAGAUCAUUACAACAAAGUGCACCUUAAAUGAUGCCUUUGCCUCUUAUGUGAGCUGACAAGUCCAGCGUAGAGCAAUAUUCCAUUUAUUCUACUUCUCAAGUCUUUUCAACUUUGAAGAGUCUCAACCGCUAGAAGAGGUGAAUGUCCGAGAUGAAGGUGUUUCCUUUGUUUCAAUCUAUGACUCCCUUGGACCCUUAUAUACAUCAAAGCAAUAAACAGUCAGGUUAUGUAGGGGUUACCCAUUUGAACAGAUUGAAAGUUUUGCUUGCGUUUCUUACUCUUGCUGUAGUCUGCUAAGUUAUUAAAGCUAUAAAUGAUAUCUCUUAACAAUUACACAGUAAGAUCAACGUCAAAAACUUUUUUUCUU